AUGUCGUCAACUAUAUCGCGCGUGGGAUUUCCCGCCGAAAUCUGGCUAUACGUCUGCAAUUUCCUCGACAGUGUCGACGUCGCUGCGCUCGCGCAAGUCAGCAUCGAAUUUCACAUGAACCUUCAGAAGGAGGUUUAUAUCGCGGCGAUGCGCGAUGACAACACCGAUAUCAUUGUGAGGAGCGCCGCGACAGGGAACCUGGCCACUCUCCAGCGCAUAGCGUCGCACGGCGCGAACAUGAACAAGACUUAUCCCGCCGAUCCUCCCCAGCAUCUCAAAGACUGGGUCGAGUGGGCGAAGAGGCGGGACAGUCAAGAGGUUCCAAGCAAACAAGGUGUCGAGGUCGCACUGUCGAAAGCCUGCUUCGCGACCCCCUUGCACCUCGCCGCGAAGGGCGGGCACUACGAUGCCGUCCGGUGGCUUCUAGACCAGCACUCUGUCGACAUGGAAAUGCCGGCGAGGUUUCUAUGCCACUGUAUUCCUCCAGGCACUUAUCGGGCUCCCGCGGGUCCAAUUCUGGUAGGGCAAGCCGUGCCGGCCUGGACGCCCUUACACAUAGCCAUCUGUAACCAACAAGUCUCCGUCUCCCGCCUGCUGAUUGCUCGCGGCGCUUCGACUCGCAGUACAAACGUGGGCCACCGCUCUUCAAAAUUCCCUCGCUUCAACCAGGCCUUCGACACUUACUGGUGGGGGUUGGAUCCAACAGAGUAUCAGGGGCCAGGAAUGGUGUCCGCACUCCAAUCUGCCGCCCUGUCCGGCAACAGAUCCAUCAUCACAGAGCUCAUACAGCGCAUGGGAACGGACGUUGACGAAGUCGUGGAAGAAGGCGGUGCGACGCCGCUGUAUUACGCUAUAGCGGCGUCUGAUACGCACACGGUGGCUCUCCUGCGACGUCUCGGGGCCAGGCCAGAGCAGUCCUUCGAGUCGUACGCGUUGAAUGUCAAUUACGACAACGUUAUUGAAUUCGCUCUGGCCAGUGAAUGGCCCGAACCGAUAACCAGCAUUUUCGAAUUCUCUCGCACCAAAACAAAGUCAGGUACGGCAACCUGUCUCAUUUCAGAACCAGGCGCGGCCUGGUGCAGUUCUCCAGGCAGCGACGAGAAAGUCGUCUCGAGACUGAGACGAUUACUCUCAAAGGCAAGAUCCCAGCAUUGGACCAAAGAUUACUACAAACAUCUGGCACCGGGUCUGGACGAGAGGAUGUCGGAUAUCUUGCGCCAUACCAAGAAGCAACACGAACCUCACUUUGGGCCUCUUGACCAGGAGAUGCUCGAUUGCUUCUUGAUUGCGUGCCAGUGCAGCUGUCCAGCGCUAGAGACCUCCACCCUUAAAAGGUUUCUGUUGCAGCCAGAAGUUAAUCUCAAAAAAGUUGUCGAUCAUCGAGUUGGGUCUACAGUGAUAGAAUACUACGACGCUGAGUCUUCGAUUCAUUCAGAUGUAGCCGUCGAAGAGGAUCAUUUCCGCGUCACGACUUGCACUAUCGGCCUGCUUGCGCUGCAUGCGACUAUCAACGCAAUCAACCCCCGGGCCUUUCCCAGAGCAUACAAAGAAGGCAAUGCGGCCUUGGUUCAUACGAUCGAGUGGCUGAUUACGGAAGGGGCUUCUCCCACUAUCACACCUGGUAUGGAUCUGAAGUGGAGUCCCCUUCGUUACUUCUUCGACACUAUCACGGAGACUUGGCCCUGGGACUGUGUAACAGAUGGUUAUCAGGGUGAUUAUUUGGCUGAAGAAGUAGCCGACAUUGUCAAAGUCCUUGGGGAGGGUGGUGGAUGGUUUCCCUUGGGGGAAGAGGAUGACGAGGCAAUGUUAAGCACUGUACAAGCCUGCCAUAAUGCCCUGGAGCGUGUACUGCCAGUAAAACCCUAUCGCAGGGAUAUCGAGAUUAUACGAGCUCGCAAUGAGAUCGAAAGCUGUAUGCCGCCCAGAGUUCUUGGGGCUUGGAGGAUCUUGGGUUCAUGA